AUGAAAACCGAAUUGGACGAGCUAGUUGAAUUCCUCCACCAUGGAAAUACUCAAAUCAGGCAAAUAGCUUGCGAAACCCUAGUUGGAUACUCAGCCUCAAAGCCGGAAAUCUUCAAGCGUCACCAACUUCUGCCUAUACAAGAUUUGAAACUCCUCGUUCGAGACUAUACACCUAUCGCGAGCAACGCGUUAACGAUACUCGUCAAUCUUUCCGGCGACCAGGAGGUCCUGCAUAAGCUCGCCAGUGAUGAUAAUUUUAUUGAGACACUCCUUGUGAAAGUGACUAAUCCCAAGGAGCGCAAUGCAGAUGGCAUCUGUAUGCUAUUCGCGAACCUUGCGAAGUCCGGACAGAUCAAAAAGCUCUUCACGCUCAAACGCCGAUCUGCUCAGCCUGUGUCCACCUCCGAAAAUUCGAUCGAUCAGUUGAUGGAUUGCUUCGUGAAGGGCGCCGAGGGUGCACUUAAUAAACAUUCAAAUUACGACUACUUGUCUUAUCUUUUUGCCGACCUGUCGAAGCUAGAAGAAGGGCGUGCAUACUUUACGUCGAGGCAGGAUUAUGAUGGGGUUGUGCCAGUUACCAAACUCACCGUGUUCACGGAGCAUACUAGUACGGUCCGAAGGAGGGGUGUUGCAUCGACCAUAAAGAAUGUUGCUUUCGAGAUACCGUUCCACCCGACUCUUUUCUCCGAAGACGAGGCCAAUCUCCUCCCCUACAUACUUUUGCCGAUUAUGGGACCAGAAGAGUACAGUGAGGAGGAUACUUCAGAUAUGCUUCCGGACCUCCAGCUGCUGCCCCCGGACAAGCAGAGGGAGAGCGACAAUGGCAUCAUCGUUACUCAUCUUGAAACCCUCCUUUUGCUGACAACUACCCGGGAAGGACGCGAUAGAUUGAGAGCGGUUAGUGUUUAUCCGGUGAUACGAGAGUGUCAUCUUCGAGUUGAUGAUGAUGAUGUUCGUGAGGCCUGUGAUAGGUUGGUCCAGGUCAUAAUGCGAGACGAAGAGGAUGAAGGAGACACCUUUGCAUCGCGGGAUCAAAAUGAUGACCAAAAGAUAGUUGAAUUGUUCUAG